UGGGUAGCUGGGACUACAGGCGCCCACCACCAUGCCCAGCUAAUUUUUGUAUUUUCAGUAGAGAUGGCGUUUCACCAUCGUGGCCAGGCUGGUCUCGAACUCCUGACCUCUUAAUCCACCCACCUCAGCCUCCCAAAGUGCUGGUAUUACAGGUGUGAGCCACCGUGCCCAGCCCAAGUUAUUACAUUCUUAAGACAAUCAGACACCUCUUAGAGUCUACAUAUAUGAAGUUUUACUCCCUUUUCUGCACUCAGUAUGUCUUAAUUGAUGCAAAGCAAUUAAUUGGCCUAAAAUGUUUCAAAUAUUAUAGUCUAUACAUUCAGAGAGUAAGGUUUAAGAAUGAAUUAUUGGUGCUUCUUGAUGGGUGUAUAUAGCAGUUUUUAGAAGUUUAAAUUUCACCUGUACUCAGAAAGAUAAGCUUUUGAUUCAGUGGUUUCAAAUUUUUAGAUCAAUCCAUUUAAGAAUUGUUUUUUCAAAUGUAUAUACACGUAUAACAUAAAAAUUUUUGUAAUUUCAAAUGUGUUUUUUGGAUGAAUUAUUAUAUUUGGUUUUAGUUACAUUUAAAAGCUUGAAAAUUACCUUUGUAACAAUCAUUUGAGUAUCAUUCAUUGUCAAAUGAAAUCAGGUAUUUACAUUUUUUUCUAAUGCUAAAAUAUCCAACAUUGUAAUUGCCUUAUUUUUCCAUUUUUAUAAGUAUAAAAGCAAUGAAUUUUAACACUGAUAUUUAAGUAAUACAAAAUAUUAUCCAAAUUCAUAACAGCACAGUGAAGUUUCUUUUGAAGACUGUACUAGAAGCAUUUAGAACUUAACCAAUAUAUACUGGGAUAAAUCGUUUCAAUAAAGUUUUUCAAAUAUUCUGUAAACUUGGACUUUUUGAAAAAGCAUGUAAUCCCUUUCAUUCCUAAGUUCUAAAAUUCAUUCCUUACAUCCUUCUUCAAGAACAAGUUUAUCAAUUUCCCUGAGUUAUUCAGUCCUACCUGUUAUGGACUGAAUAUUUGUAUCCACACCUGCCCCCCACCCCAAAUUCACAUGUUGAAGCCCUAACCCCCAAUGUGAUGGUAUUUGGCGAUGGGGCCUUUGGAAGGUAAUUAAGGCUAGAUAGGGUCAUAAGGUUGGUCCCCUUAUGAUGGCAUUUGUGUUCUUAUACAAAGAGACAGGAGACUCUCUCCAUCACGUGAAGAUACAGCAAAACAGCAGCUGCCUGCAAGCCAGGAAGGGAACCCUCAUCAGGAACCAAACCAUGAUCUCGGACUUCCCAGCCUCUAGGAACAAGGUGUGCCUGAAUAAAUAUGAGAGGCCUUUCCAUGUUCCUAGAGUGCCUAACCUGGCCUGUGUGCUUGCAAGCUUCUGCUCAUUCUUCAAUACCCAGCAGAGACUUCCUUCUCCAUGCAGCCUUCCAAGACCCACCCGAGCACAGGUAUCAGACCUUUGGGUCACUCCUAGUCCUACUACUGCAUUUAUCUCACUGGAUUUCAGUCAAGUGUGUAGACAGCUAAUUUGUGCAUGCCUGGUCUGUGAGCUCUGUUCCCAGCAGUUGGCUCCUGAGCACAGGGUAAACUCUGAGAAUUGACUACAUUUGGUCUUACUUCAUCAUUACUGAGUUUCUUUGCUCUCACUAAUCUUUGAGUCUUAUCUUCUGACCCCUGGUCACUGUCUGAGGAAUAGAUGCUGGCUUGUUCCUCUGAAAGCAAAGGAAUUUAAGACAUGGGAUUCACCUUCAAAGAUGGUUUAUUCCUCAGUGUUUCUUCUGCCAAAUAUUGUUACUUCCCACUGUACAUUUUUCCUGAAGGGUCAACUUUUUUUAAAAGUUUCAGUGGGAAGGUAAAUAGAACUUUCAGACAUGCUGAAAUGACUAGAUUUGAGAGGUUUUGUUCUCAGGUUAUUUGAUCACUUUUAAAUACAUACACAUCAGUUUUAAGAACUGUGAAGCUUAAAUAUUGGGUCUUUAAUUAUACAAGCAAAGGAACUGCCUUAUAUACAUUUCCUUCCACAAGGACAUAAAUUGUUUAAUUGAUUUUAUUUGGAGGAUGCCAUGUUUUCUUUUCUUUUUCUUUUUUUUUUUUUUUUUUUUGAGACAGAGUUU